UUGGAUGGCGAUACAGAUUGUCGACUUUUCACACCAUUCGAUCGACGACAUGUUCCAGGAAAAUUAUUCGUUUCUGCCAAUUUUAUUUGUUUUGCAAGCAGAGUAAGUUGUCCUUGAAGUUUCCAGAAAAAAAACAAUUUCAUUUUUAUUUUUUCAGACCGAAAGACUUGUCUCAAUUGUAAUUCCGAUGGUCGAAGUUUCAACAAUUGAAGAAUGCUCUCCAGUUUCAUCAAGUCAAACAACUCAAGGAGUCCUAUUGUGCCUCAAAAAUGGAUCAACUGUGAUAUUUUCAGCGAUUCCGGAUCGCGAUCGGGUUUUAUCGAAACUAACCGUAUUUUUGGAACGGGGAAAAAUUGAGCGAAGUAUGGUUAAAGGUAGAAGUGGUUCAACUUCAUCAUCUUCAACUUCCUCAUUCGAUAAUCUUGUCUGGGAUUUUCCACUAAUUGAAAAAUAUCCAUUUGGAGCCGAUGCUUCUGAGAAAUGUAAAGAAAAAUGGGAGAAAUAUUUGCAAGAAUAUGGAAAUAAUGUAUGUAUGUAUAGAACUGUUGAACUACAUCGAUUAUUAUUAGAAGGUGUACCUCUACAAUUACGCGGACAAAUUUGGAUGAUUUGCUCUGGAGCUUCUGCUGAAAUGGCUAUGAAUCCUGGAUAUUACAAAGAAUUAUUGCAUAAAAAUCAAGGGGUUUAUAGUGUUGCUCUGGAUGAAAUUGAACGAGAUUUGCAUCGAAGUUUGCCCGAACAUCCGGCAUUUCAAAAAGGACCCGGAAUUGAUGCGUUGCGAAGGAUUUUGACGGCCUAUGCAUUUAGGAAUCCAAAUAUUGGUUAGUGUUUUUGGUUUUUUUUUGUUUGAAAAGGUGGAGCCUGAGGAAAAUAUCGCAGGAUUUUUUCUUUCAAAAAAUUUCAAAUUUCGAAAAAACAGUGAAAAUCCGUGUAAAAUGGCUUGAAAGUCCAGUAAAUUCCGAUUUUUAUAAAAAAUUUGCCAAUUCUUAACCAGGAGACGAAUUUCUGAUUUGAUUCCACUUUAAAAAAUUGUAUUUUGAACUGAAAAUUAGAGAAUAGAGAAUUUUUUGCAGGAUAUUGUCAAGCGAUGAAUAUUGUUGGAAGUGUUCUUCUACUUUUUGCCAAAGAAGAAGAAGCCUUCUGGCUUUUGGUUGCAAUUUGCGAACGCCUUCUUCCCGAUUAUUACAACACCAAAGUUGUUGGCGCAUUAGUUGAUCAAGGUGUAUUUUCGGAACUUGUUGAGAAGCUUCUCCCAUCGGUUGGCUCGAAAUUGAUUGGUUUGGGCUUGGAUGAUAUGGUUGCAUUGUCAUGGUUCCUCACUGUAUUUUUAUCGGCCAUCAAAUUCGAUGCGGCUGUUCGAAUCUUGGAUUUGUUCUUUUUCGAAGGAGCUAAGGUUGGUGGGAAAGUGCUUUUCACCAGGAAAUCGUAAUUUUUUUCCUGUUUUUCAGCUGAUGUUUCAAGUUGCGCUGGAAAUGUUGAAGGAGAAUGAAAGUCUGAUAUGUCAAUCACAAGAUGAUGGAGAGAUCUUGAUGAAUCUUGCAAAAUACACGGAUAGUAUUUAUGAGGGAAAUUUGGAUGAGAAAGAGGCGGAGUGAGUUGGAAUUUUCUGAAAAUAUAGUUUACCUAGAACUUUUGGAAAAAAAUAAUUUUUUUCAGGAACCUAACAAGUACAAGUAUUUUGGCUGAUCUGGAAGAGGCCACAACAUCAAUCAUGAAUUUCAUGACAAUUUCCGACGAAAAACCGCUGCCAAAAAUCGCGAUUGGAGAACUUUUGAAGAAAUCCUAUCAAAAUUUUGGAUAUUGUUUCAACAAUGAGACAAUCGAUAAUUUGAGGUUGAAGAAUCGAUUAAAAGUUGUGCAGAAUUUGGAGGAUAAUCAAAUGAGAAGUAUUAUUAAAAGUAUCGGGAAAGAUUGUCGAUUUACCAAUGAGGAAUUGGAAAAAUUGUAUAAUGUUGUGAAGGUAAGCGAGUUUUGGGGGAGGAAAAUAGAAAAAUUAGUUUCAUAA